UCCUGGAGGGGAGACGGCAGGAGGAGGAGGAAAACGGGGGGAGGGAAGAAGGGAAAGGGCGUAACCAGGAAGCGCCGAAAGCGCCUUGCCCUGGAAGAGCAUCGACUUUCGCUUCUCCGCCGAUCAUGGCUGCUAGCAACCCGGGCACCGAGCUAGAUCUCACAUGGCUUGCACGAGUUCGGGUGAAUCAUCCAGCUGUUCUAAAGCGGGCAGGGCAAAUUCAAAUGAAACGGGCCAUGAAAAAGAAUUGGCAGGCAGCUUGGCUUUUGAGAGCCGUCACCUGCAUAGACCUCACCACCCUUUCUGGAGAUGACACCCCAUCCUAUGUUUGCAGAUUGUGCUACAAAGCCAAACAUCCCAUCCGAGAGGAUUUGUUACAAGCCUUGAAAAUGCAUGAUAAAGGCAUUACCACAGCAGCAGUUUGUGUCUAUCCGGCUAGAGUAACCGAUGCAGUUAAGGCUCUCAAAUCUGUUGGCUGCCACAUCCCCGUGGCUUCAGUGGCAACUGGAUUCCCGGCAGGACAGACAGCUCUGAAAAUUCGUUUAGCGGAGAUCCAGCUAGCUGUGGAAGAAGGGGCCAAAGAGAUUGAUGUUGUAAUUAAUCGAACCUUAGUACUGACGGGCCAAUGGGAAGACCUUUAUGAAGAAAUCCGUCAAUUCCGCAAGGCCUGCGGCGACGCUCAUAUGAAAACGAUCUUGGGGACAGGAGAGCUGGGAUCGCUUACAAAUGUCUACAAAGCCAGCCUUGUAGCCAUGAUGGCAGGUUCUGAUUUUAUCAAGACAUCUACAGGAAAAGAAGCGGUUAAUGCUAUUUUCCCAGUAGGCCUGGUCAUGGUGAGAGCUAUCAGAGACUACUACUUGAAAACUGGCUAUAAGGUUGGAUUUAAACCUGCAGGAGGCAUUCGCAAAGCCAAAGAGGCCUUGAUCUGGCUUUCACUGAUGAAGGAGGAAUUGGGAGAGGAAUGGCUGAAACCAGAACUCUUUCGCUUGGGUGCCAGUACUUUGCUGGGAGACAUCGAAGGAGAGAUUUAUUAUCAUGUGACUGGCAGACAUCCAGCUUCCUAUGACCUGCCCAUGGCUUAGACCAGUGACUGAUUCGUGCUGUGAAAAAGAGAAAGAAUGAAACAAACAAUGUCCUGGAAUUUUUUUCAUGAUACCUCGUCCUUACUAAGUGCUUACAAAACGGAUUAAAACUGUGGUGCCUCCAUUUUACAGUUUCAGUGUUCUUUGAAUGUCCCAAGGCCCAGGUGAAUAAAUGCAGGAAGCUUUGAAUGUUGAAAAUUUGUACCGCUAAUUUUGCUGUAAGGGCAUACGUUGACUUCAGUCUUGAUUUCAGAAAACAACUGAGAAAUGAUUAUUUUGGUGUGAAUUUUGUACUUAAAAUUAAGCAUUUGUGAAUUGUGAUAUAUAAAUAAAGUAUUCCAAAACAUGA